AUGAAUGAUUUACUCCAGCUGUUUCAGCCUUUUGGAGUCAUAACUAAGCUUGUUAUGCUGCGUGCAAAAAAUCAGGCACUUCUCCAAAUGCAAGAUGUUCCUUCUGCAGUUAGUGCUUUACAAUUUUAUGCAAAUAUCCAGCCAAGUAUAAGGUACAGAUAG